GAGUGGAAGGAGGGGGCUCCGGGACUAUGAUUGUCUCUAAAACCUCCAGUCAAUUUUUUUAGGAGUUUAAAUUAUUGACGGCUGUCCUGGUCUGCAUCUCCCUCUCUCUUACCCUCUCUGUCGCUCUGCCUCCUUCUCUGCCUCUCUUUCUGUGCUCCUGUCCACUCUGACUUAUUCCUUGUACCCAGAACCAGCACCCCCUCUUCCCUGAAGGCACUGCCUCGCUCCUUCCACCACAUCUUCCAGUAGCUUUUUCAUUUUCCUCACCUUUCCUCACCCGGUAAAACCUUCCCGGCUCCCACAGCCAAAAUGGAAGCCAUCAAGAAGAAGAUGCAAAUGCUGAAACUGGACAAGGAGAAUGCCAUCGACCGAGCUGAGCAAGCAGAGACGGACAAGAAGGCAGCGGAGGACAAAUGCAAGCAGUUGGAGGAGGAGCUGCUUGGCCUGCAGAAGAAGCUGAAGGGCACCGAGGACGAGCUGGACAAGUACUCCGAAGCCUUGAAAGACGCCCAGGAGAAGCUGGAACUGUCGGAGAAGAAAGCUGCAGAUGCUGAAGGCGAGGUGGCGGCUCUGAACCGCAGGAUCCAGCUUGUGGAGGAGGAGCUGGACCGUGCCCAGGAGAGGCUGACCACCGCACUGCAGAAGCUGGAGGAGGCAGAGAAGGCCGCCGAUGAGAGCGAGAGAGGCAUGAAGGUGAUCGAGAAUCGGGCAAUGAAGGACGAGGAGAAGAUGGAGAUUCAGGAAAUGCAGCUGAAGGAGGCCAAGCACAUCGCAGAGGAGGCCGACCGCAAAUACGAGGAGGUGGCUCGUAAACUGGUGAUCCUGGAAGGAGAGCUGGAGAGGACUGAAGAGAGAGCGGAAGUCUCAGAGCUAAAGUGCAUGGAUCUGGAAGAAGAACUGAAAAAUGUCACCAACAACCUCAAGUCUCUAGAAGCUCAGUCUGAGAAGUACUCAGAAAAGGAAGACAAAUAUGAGGAGGAGAUCAAGGUUCUCACUGACAAGCUGAAAGAGGCUGAGACUCGUGCUGAGUUUGCCGAGAGGACGGUGGCCAAACUGGAAAAAUCCAUUGACGACUUGGAAGAUGAACUGUACGCUCAGAAGCUGAAGUACAAAGCCAUAAGCGAGGAGCUGGACCAUGCCCUCAAUGACAUGACCUCCUUGUAGAUGCAGGCUCCCAGCCCAGAGUCACUGACUCCUCUUCCCUUCCUCCUGGCAGAUCUGGGCCCGACACUCGUGCCUUUCCUCUCCCAAAGCCCUGUCAGAGGCUCUGUAAUCACAAAUCUGCAAUAAAGCUUAUCUGCAGCCUGUGCAGACCCUCUCA